CUCGUCCUCUAGUCGACAGACAUCCAGACAUACAGCAGUGAGGACGGACGGACGGAGGACGACUGAGAGAAGAUGGUGAAACAAGUUGUUCAGAUCCACAUUAGGAUGCUGGUCCUGGUUCUGGUUCUAGUUCUGGCUCUCUGUCUGCACUCAGGAGCAGCUGCUGCAGCAGGCAUGCUGAAAGUUGACCCGACCCAGGAUGGAAGUGGCGGCAGCGGCGGCGGAGACACUAUCAGCCACUCCCUGACCGUGGUGCAGCGUCUGGAGGCCCUGCUGGCUCAGGGCAACGGCAGCGACGUGUCGCUCAGGGUGGAGACGCCCAGCGCCGACGAGGUGAAGGUGAUCCAGGCUCACUCGCUGGUGCUCUCCCUGCAGAGCCCCGUGUUUGAGGAGAUCCUGCUGAGCCGCAACAGCAGCACGCUGGUCCUGAAAGAGAGCUCCGACUGUGCUGCCGUGUUCGACAGGUUCAUCAGGUAUCUGUACUGUGGAGAGAUUUCUCUGCGUCUGGACCAGGCGACACCUUUACACAAGCUGGCCUCGAAGUACCAAGUGAUGGGCCUCCAGCAGGGCAUCACCCAGUACAUGACCAACAAUCUGGCCCGGGAUUCGUCCUCGGGCCACGUGGCGGGCUGGUACGAGUACGCCCUGCAGGCCGGGGACGUGACUCUGAGGGACAGCUGUCUCCAGUUCAUGGCCUGGAACCUGUCGUCGGUGCUGCACAGCGGCGAGUGGGUGACCGUUAGCAGCCAGCUGCUCAUGUCUCUGCUGCAGCGCUCCGACCUCAUCCUGCAGAGCGAGAUGGAGCUCUUUGCGGCGCUGGAGGCGUGGAUUAUUCAGAACGAGCCGGACGGUCUGACGGCCGAGAACGCGCUGAGAGCUGUGCGUUAUGCCAUGAUGCCGCCACGGGAGCUCUUCCGCCUCCAGACGCACUCAUCAGUCCUGGCUCGCUAUCAGGAGUCGGUGCGCGACCUGCUGUACAUGUCCUACCAGUUUCACUCUGCGUCGCCGCUGCACAUGGCCAAGUACUUUGACGUGAACUGCAGCCUCUUCAUGCCCAGGAACUACCUAUCGCCGGUGUGGGGGUCGCCCUGGAUCAUCAGCAACCCCUCGCGAGACGACCGCAGCACCAGCUUCCAGACCCAGCUGGGGCCCAGUGGCCACGACUCCAGCAAGCGGGUGACUUGGAACGCCAUGUUCUCGCCACGCUGGUUACCCCUCAGCAUGAGGCCGAUGUACACGGAGGCGGGCGCCAUGCAGCCGACACGCGUGGAUGGAGGCCGCCCUCGCAUCAUCAUCACGCCGGCCACGUCCAGCGCAGAUUUCGCCGGUGUGAACUUCCAGAAGACGGUGAUUGUGAUGGCUCAGCAACAGGGGAAGGUGGUGGUGAAACACGUCUACAACUUCCACCAGAGCACGGAAGAAAACGGGGAUUUCUUGGCCGAUGCCGACCUGUACCGCCGGACGUCUGACUACCUCAUCGAUAGCUCCCUCUACCUCCAUAUUGUGGUGAAGCCGCUGUACCAAACCCUCAUAACCAGCAAGAACUGACCUUCUUCUCUGAGCCGCCUUACCUCGCCGAACACAAUCCAACCUUGUGAAGCGACAUCUCACUCAUAUCACGUCACGGGGUCACGGAUCUGAGUCCUCCUCGUAUGUGAUGUUUGGAUCAUUUUGUCUCGUCUCUGCUGUUUUCAUCGGGCAACUAACACACCAAAGCUUUACUCAUGACUGUCUGAGAUAACAGUGAGUGUAAAAUCAUGAUGAAACGUGUCUUAAAGGAAACGUCUGGUGCUAUUCUACAUUUCUCUUACUGUCAACAAAUCCCAUGAAAACACCAAUAGACCCCAUUUUCUAUUAGCAAACAUGAUGACGUAUUUUGUGAACACGUUAGUUAACGCUGGCUAGCAAAUAUUGUUGGCUUGUUUUUUUA